AUGGGAGACUCCCACCCGCUGGCCGGCGAUCCGUGCUCGCGCCUCGAGAGCCUCCCCGUCGAAAUCCUCCAGUUGAUCUUCCUGUACAGCCUGGAAAUCAACCUUCCCCGAGCCUCCCCAUACCUCAGCCGCGCCCUCUCCAACCCACUGCUGUACACAUGGUUGAUCCGCCUCGUGUUCAGCAGCACUAACCCCGGCUCCCGACAAGGAUUCUUCACCCCAGACUUCCUGCCCCCGCCCCUGAGACUUCUGGUCUCUACCCUGGCAACAGCGCCAACAUCUGCAAACCACCAUCCUCGCCUGCAGAUGGUGUACUCUACCACUCCUCCGCCGAUGUCAACGCGAAUACACCCAUAUUUCUCCAAUCUAAGUCAAUGUGACCAGGCCCUCGACGGCCGUCGCGGAAAAGGGGACCUCAUCAUCCCUGCCACCCUCCCGACCUCUCUACCCGGCAAAGUCGCAAUCUGGUUCCAUUUCGGCGCCGUCCAGAUCCGCGAACAAAACGACAUCUACUUCGAAGCAGACCUUUUCCGUCUGCCGAGCUCUGUGGUGAUCGGACCAGGUCGCAUCCCCGAUAAAAUCUUCCGCGCCCCGUGGUCAGAAUCCCAAUUCGAGUUUCUGCAACUGCUCGCGGGGGAUUUCUUCUGA